UCUUUUCUUUUUUUUCUCCUUUAAUUUCCCAGAUACAAAAAUAUUCCCUGUUUCCUAUGUUUUUGUCGGUAACAAAACUGACCCAUUCUAGUAUUCCCUUCUCAACUACGAAGCCAUAGCACAAGAUCCAAAGUUAUUAACUUUCGGUGGUUAAUCUCAAUGGGUUUGCUUCAAUUUCUUCUUCUGACAUCUCAAGAGGUGAGGAAGUUAACUCGUUAAUAGCUGCAUUUGGAUGACACGUGGCAAUCUUCAAAACUAUGCUUUUCCAACAAACCUGAACUUGAUCAUGGAAUUUUUUAGCACAUUGAUUUUAAUUGAAGUCCAAAGAUUUGAACUUUGAGCAGCAUUUGAUGAUGGGUGUUCAAUGAAGUUUCAGUUCAUAGCUUCCCAGUUAAGUCUUGGUACCUUUUUUACAUUUUUUCAAAUUAUAAGAUGAAUCUGGGAUUCAAAUUUCUGUGUCAUGCUGAAACCAAGAGGUUAAUUUCAUUGUUAGGACUGAUAGUAGUUAUAGUUUUAGUGGUUCAGUUUUCUGAACUUCCAUAUAGUGAAUUUGUUACUUCCCUUGCUGGCAAAAUUACUAGUUUCUCAAUGGAUGCAUCUAUGGUUGAUUCUAAACUGGAGGGUAAUAUUGAUAAUACACACCCAAAUGGUUCAACUCCUGCAUCCCAAUUAGAUCAAGAUAGAAGUUCACUAGUUCACAAUAAUGGCAAUGGUUCAUCCAUCAAUAGUGCACCUUCUAACCAUGCACCAGCACCACAGAGUAUGGUGGCAUUGUCAAAUCAAACAUCACUAAAUUCAGAAACAGAUUCAACAAGUCCAAUGAUGUCUGUCAUGUCCAAUUCAAGUUUGGCGAAAAAAGACACGACAAAGGGUGAGAGUUCUGGUUCUUUGCUGGGUAAUAAUUCGAAGGUUGGUAAUGGCAAGUAUGUGACUAAAAAGAAUCCCAAAGGGAAGCCCUCUAAAGUAGUUUCGAUAUCCGACAUGAACUUAUUGUUGCAGCAAAGUCAUGAUUCAUCCCAAUUAGUGAAACCAACAAGGUCUUCAGCUGUUGAUCAGGAAAUAUUACAUGCAAGAUCUGAGAUCGAAAAUGCACCUAUCAUCACGAAUGAUUCGAGACUUUACCCGCCUCUCUACAGGAAUGUCUCCAUGUUCAAAAGGAGUUAUGAACUAAUGGAGAAGAUGCUCAAAGUUUACAUCUACAAAGAUGGAGACAGACCGAUCUUUCAUGAGCCCUUACUGGAUGGAAUAUAUGCAUCUGAAGGAUGGUUCAUGAAACUAAUGGAGGAAAACAAACACUUUGUCACUCAAGAUCCCGAAUUGGCUCACCUGUUCUACAUACCUUUCAGUUCAAGAUUGUUGCAGUUGACUAUCUAUGUUCGAAACUCACACAAUCGUUCGAACUUAAUCCAGUACAUGGCAAAGCAUGUGGACAUGAUUGCAGGAAAGUAUCCAUUUUGGAGUAGAACUGAUGGAGCAGAUCACUUUGUCGUUGCUUGCCAUGAUUGGGCUCCUGCAGAGACAAGAGGGCGAAUUCUAAAUUGCAUCAGAGCCCUCUGCAACGCGGACAUCGAAGUAGGAUUCAAAAUAGGCAAGGAUGUUUCUCUUCCAGAAACAUACAUAAGAUCACCCAACAACCCUGCCAAAAACAUAGGGGGAAACCCCCCUUCCGAGAGGCCUAUCCUUGCAUUCUUCGCCGGCGGAUUACACGGCUAUGUUCGGCCAACUCUGCUUAAUCACUGGGAGAACAAAGAAUCUGACAUGAAAAUAUCAGGUCCAUUGCCACAUGUGAAGGGCAAUGCAAACUACAUUGAGCUAAUGAAGAGUAGCAAGUUCUGCAUUUGUGCUAGAGGGCAUGAAGUUAACAGCCCCCGUGUCGUGGAGGCGAUCUUCCAUGAAUGUGUUCCGGUGAUCAUAUCUGAUAACUUCAUACCACCUCUCUUUGAGGUCUUGAACUGGGAAUCUUUCGCCGUGUUCGUCGCGGAGAAAGAUAUUCCGAAUUUGAGGAGCAUUCUGCUUUCAAUAUCUGAAGAGAAGUACUUGGAGAUGCAUAAGAGGGUGAAGAAGGUGCAAAAACAUUUUGUGUGGCAUUAUAAGCCUGUAAAAUAUGAUUUGUUUCAUAUGUUGCUUCAUUCCAUUUGGUACAAUAGACUUUUCCGAAUAAGCCACUCUUAAAUUAUAGCAAGUAUAUUUUUUGUAGAGAGCUCAUACUUUGUCGAAAUUUGAUCACUUGUUUAUCUUCUUUUAUUUGGAAUUUGAUCAAAGUGUGAAAGUGCUGAUUCUGUUAUAGCAGAAAAAGGAAAGAGAGGUGUGGUGUAUUGAUGAUGAUAUUUGUUUGACAAUAUUUUAAGGUUUUUGUUUCGGAAAAGUCUAGGGCUACCAACUUUAUUAAAUUUUGGCCAAUAUAUAACCAGUAAAAGAAAAGUGAGUAAUCUCACACCGUUGAAUAAAA